AUGCCCUCUGCCACGGCGUCUGGCUCCGACGCCAAAGGUGGAAGUGCGAGGUCACGCGAACAUAAUCAAGGCAACCAGGAUCGCGCAUAUACACCAGAACAGAAGGCUGCAGUGUUACGGAUUCGAAAAUGUGGUCCGACCGACUUUUACGAGAUCCUGGCCAUUGAGAAGACUGCGACAGAUAGCGAGAUCAAGAAGGCAUACCGGAAAUUGAGUUUGUUGACGCACCCGGAUAAGAACUCUUAUGAUGGUGCGGAUGAGGCAUUCAAGAUGGUAUCACGAGCUUUCCAGAUUCUCUCAGACUCCGAUAAAAAGUCUCGUUACGACCGGUUUGGAGGGGAUCCCGAAAGUAGGUUCAACCCGGGACCGAGCGCCUCUAGCGGAGGCUCUCCAUUCAGCGGAUUCAAUGGGGGUGGUGGCUUCCCUCGCUCAGCCGGGGGCGGAGCAGCCUUCGAUGCAGAGAUCUCACCAGAAGAGAUGUUCAAUCGGUUCUUUAACGGUGGCUUUGGCGGCGGCGGGUUUGGCCCAUUCGCUGGACCUCAAUUUGUCUUUAACAUGGGCGGCGGUCCUGGAUUCCGUGUACACCAGUUCGGAGGCGGCGUGCCACGCCGCAGACCUCGUCCUACCGCUGGGAACAAUAAUAAUGAGCCAGAAACCCCCAUGGAUGGCUGGGGCUUUGUUCGGCAAUUAUUGCCUCUGAUUCUGCUUUUCGUCCUUCCUCUCCUCUCAUCGCUUCUCACGGGCUCCUCGACUCCGGCCGGUCCGACAUAUCGUUUUGAUUCUCCUGUCAGCCCCCAUACUAUGGGCCGUACUACGCCAAGACUCAACUUGAACUACUUUGUAAAUCCCGUCGACGUUGAAGACUACAGUGCUCGCAAAUUCCGGCAACUUGACCAGCGUGUUGAGGUGGAUUAUAUUGCGAGGCUUCGACAUGAUUGUGAAUCCGAGGUUCACAUGCGAGAAAGGAUGAUUCAAGAAGCACAGGGGUGGUUCUUCCCGGACGUGGAAAAGAUGAAAGAGGCCAGAGCGCUAGAGCUGAAGCACUGCCGGCGAUUAGAGCAACUGAAGGGAAAAUACUAA